CCUGCUUCUCUCGCAGUGACAACAGGAGAGGCAGGCGGCGGAAGCAAAGGGGAAGGAGCCCGGUCAGGUUGGGGCGGAUGAGGUGGUCGCCAUGGCGUAGCCGAGCCUGGUCUGCACUUGGUCAGCCACGCCCCACAGUGGGGUUGAAUCGUUUCUUCAGGGAGAGGUAAACGUGCUGCAGAAUUGCCAUAACCAUGGAGUUGAUGCUAAAUAAAUUGAAGAGCACUGUUACAAAAGUGACUGCAGAUGUCACAAGUGCAGUCAUGGGAAAUCCAGUAACCAGGGAAUUUGAUGUUGGUCGGCACAUUGCUAGUGGUGGCAACAAACUUGCUUGGAAAAUUUUUAAUGGCUUUAAAAAGUCAACAAAACAGGAAGUGGCAGUCUUUGUAUUUGAUAAAAAACUUAUGGAUAAAUAUCAGAAAUUUGAGAAGGAUCAAAUUAUUGAUUGCUUAAAACGUGGAGUUCAGCAGUUGACAAGACUUCGACAUCCUCGGCUGCUAACUGUGCAGCAUCCACUAGAAGAAUCCCGAGAUUGUCUAGCAUUUUGUACAGAACCAGUUAGUGCAAGUUUGGCUAAUAUAUUGGGUAACUGGGAGAAUCUUCCUUCACCCUUACCAUCUGACAUCAAAGAAUAUAACUUGUAUGAUGUGGAAACGAAAUAUGGCUUACUUCAGGUUUCAGAAGGCUUGUCAUUUCUACACAGCAGUGUGAAAAUGGUCCAUGGCAACCUUACUCCUGAAAACAUAAUUUUGAAUAAAAGCGGUGCAUGGAAAAUUAUGGGAUUUGACUUCUGCAUUCAAUCAAUAAAUCCAUCUGAACAAGAGCCCAAAUUCUCUUCUAAAGAAUGGGAUCCAAAUUUACCAUCUUUGUGUCUUCCAAAUCCUCAGUAUUUGGCACCAGAAUACAUCCUUUCAGUAAGCUGUGAAACAGCUAGUGACAUGUAUUCUCUAGGGGCAAUUAUAUUUGCUAUAUUUAAUAAUGGGAAGCCAAUUUUUGAGAUGAACAAACAAGAUAUAUAUAAAAGCUUCAGCAGACAGCUGGAUCAGCUUAGCCGGUUGAAUUCCAGUAAUCUUCAGAACAUCCCAGACGAUGUCCGUGAGCAUGUGAAACUGUUGUUAAAUGUCACUCCUGCAGUAAGACCAGAUGCAGACCAAAUGACUAAAAUACCAUUCUUCGAUGAUGUUGGGGCAGUGACAUUACAGUACUUUGAUUCUUUAUUCCAAAGGGAUAAUCUUCAAAAAUCACAGUUUUUCAAAGGACUGCCAAAAGUUUUACCAAAACUACCUAAGCGUGUUAUAGUGCAAAGAAUUUUGCCUUGCUUAACAUCUGAAUUUGUAAAUCCAGACAUGGUACCUUUUGUUCUGCCUAAUGUUCUGCUCAUUGCGGAGGAAUGUACCAAAGAAGAAUACAUUAAACUAAUUCUACCUGACCUCAGCCCUGUCUUUAGACAACAGGAACCAAUCCAGAUUCUCUUAAUAUUUCUUCAAAAAAUGGAUCUACUGCUAACCAAAACACCUUCAGAUGAAAUAAAGAACAGUGUUCUGCCAAUGGUUUAUAGAGCCUUAGAAGCACCAUCAAUUCAAAUACAGGAACUCUGUUUAAAUAUAAUUCCCACAUUUGCCAACCUUAUAGACUAUCCCUCAAUGAAAAAUUCAUUGAUACCAAGAAUUAAAAAUGCAUGUUUACAAACUUCAUCUCUUGCUGUUCGUGUAAAUUCCUUAGUCUGCUUGGGAAAAAUUUUGGAAUACUUGGAUAAGUGGUUUGUUCUUGAUGAUAUUCUGCCUUUUUUGCAACAAAUUCCUUCCAAAGAACCUGCAGUCCUUAUGGGAAUCUUAGGCAUUUACAAAUGUACAUUUAGUCACAAAAAGCUGGGAAUUACAAAAGAACAACUUGCAGGAAAGGUGCUCCCACAUCUGAUUCCUCUUAGCAUUGAGAACAAUCUUAAUCUAAAUCAGUUUAAUUCCUUUAUUUCAGUCAUAAAAGAGAUGUUAAAUAAAUUGGAAGCUGAACACAAGACCAAACUUGAACAAAUCCAUGUUAUGCAGGAACAACAAAAAUCUUUGGAUAUAACUAAUCAAAUGAAACCACUUGAAGAAUCAAAAGUCAGCAGUACAGGCAAUCAAGUGGAAAAAACGUUUAGCAAUCUAGGAAUGUUAACUGGUGGACCUGAUUGUAAAGAGAAUGGAUUGAUGACAAAUCAAAGAAAGGGAUCACUUACACUUGAAGAAAAGCAGAAGUUAGCAAAGGAACAGGAGCAAGCACAAAAACUGAAAAACCAACAACCGCUUAAACCCCAGCCUCAUGCAAUCAUUGCACCAGUGAAACAGACAAAGGAUUUGACUGAUACUCUGAGAGAUAAUAUAGCUUCAUUGACCACUCAACCCAUCAGCAAACCUAAAGUUCCUUCUUCAAGUAGCUUUUCUUCAGUGGGUAUUGGAAUGGGAUUUUCAUCAUCUGUUGAAAACACUAAGAGAAAUGGACUAAAUGCUAAUAUGGGGUUUCAGCCCUCUGGAUUUGGCAUUGGUACCACAAGCCAGAAUUUCUUUGGUAAUACUGGUGUCACUGGAAUGGCUAACAUGAAUAUGCUGCCAACAGUAAACAUGUCAUCUUAUAGCCCUUUGAACACUACAUCGCCAGCUGUGCAGCAAAGCAGGUCACAUGAUAUGUCUGCUUUAGAUAGCCUAUUUGGGCCUCAAAAACCCAAAGUUAGUAUGAAUCAGUUGUCACAACAGAAAACAAACCAAUGGCUUAAUCAAUUUCCACCUCCUCAGGGUACCAACAGUUGUCCUUUGGGAACACAGAUGAAUGUAAUGGGACAAACUGGCUUUGGCUUACAGGGAAAUCCUUUCUUUAAUCCUCAGAACUUUACACAACCAACGAACAGCAUGGUAAACAGCAGCUCAGCUAACAAGGACUUAAGUGACCUCUUUGGAUAAUGUAAUUGUGAGCAAGAUGAUUAACAUUGUUUUAUGAACAUGUGACAAAUAUUUCCACAGUGACUAAUAUAUUUCAUUUGUCUAUCUGUUUUACUUUUCUUAAAUAUUUACAAGCCUCUGCCCUUAAUUUUAUUGUUUUUAAAUCAGGUUGUAUCAAUCUGAGCAUCCAGAGUUAUGAUUAAUAAAGACUGCAUAUCUACCAAUUUUAGGCAUUUACCUGCUGGUUGUUCUUGCUAUCUUCUACUAAUAAAUAUGGUCAGAUAAAUUAUUCCCAAUUGCAAACUGGGUUGUUCCAAAUGCACAAGGUCUGAAAAUGGGUGCACUAAGUGAGAUGGACUAGGUAGUAAUGUGGGAUUUCAGCCUUCUUGAAUUGGUAUGGAAAUUGUUACAUAACCCAGACUUUCUUUAGUACUGCUAGUUUCACUGGAAUUACAGGUGUAAGCAACAACGAAUGUCAUCCAAUAACCCUAUAAGUACUACAUCACCUGUUGUACAGUAGAGCAGGCCAAUUGUUACAUUUCCUUUUGAUAUCAUAAUUACUGUAUAUUUGUACAAAUACAAGCAAAUGAUUUAUAAGCAAUCCGGGGUCCAGCAUAUGCAUCUGAAGUAUAUGCUACACCUUGUCUUUUGAAUUUUGCUCUGUCUGAAUUUGAUAUGAUAUCUAGUUAGAAAUAAAGAUGACUUGUGGUUGAAUGUAAUAUGGCAUUUCUGGAAAAUAUGAGAGCUAAGAUCGGUGUACAAAACCACAAUUAUUUACCUUACAGCAUUCUUCCCCAAUAGAGAGUUCUGAAAAUAUUUGUCGAAUAGUGGUCUUUUACAUUGAAAAAUACUGCAAACUAUGAAUGCUCUGAUUUACCUUUUAAUACCUAAUGUCUGCCCAACCACAGCACUUACAUUUUUGGCAUAAACUUUACAAAUGUUAUCUAAAACAUUUAGUUAAUUUUAUCAUGCUUAUUAUGCUUAACAUCCAAUCAUUAAAAUAAUAAGUUGCAUAUUGAUGAACAGAAGUCAAUUGAGCAGCAAAGCUGGUAAUUUUUCUGGAUACUUAAAAUGCAAGCAGUACAUCUUCAGAUAAAUAUUUGUUAGGGAAUCAGAUUUGAUUGCCAUUGGCAGAAGCCUUUUAUGUUUCUUCAGAGUUAAGUAGAUGAGCUUUAAUUAAGACAAUGUUAUUUACUGAAAUGUGUUUUUUUCUCAUUGAGACCCUGUUGGAAUAUAUAGAAGAAUAAACUUUUAACAUCAACUUGGAGAAAACAAUCAACUUUCAUUUGAAUAUAGUUCUCAGUGUAAAAGCUUUCUUUCAGUAAAAACCAAUAGUAAAUUCUGCUUUAUAGGGGAAAAGGGAAGGUUUUUUCCCCCCUCUAUUAUUUCUUUUCCAGAACUUUGGUGAUCUAUCAUAUACAAUUCUUUGGAAUGUAGCAAAUUAUAUUGAAAAGAUGUGAAACCUUUUUGUUGAAAAGAAAGCUAACACUUUAUUUUCAGUAUCUUUCAUUGAUUAAAUUGUUUCCAUUUGCUGCUUAAGAAACCAAAGGUGCUUAUGCUGUGAAUGUGAAUUGUAUUUUCUUAAAUUAUAUUUUCAAUUAUAAACAGUAAUGGUGUUAAAUAUAUCUUGAGGACAUGCUUUAUUUUUCUGUCUUAGUACUUUUAUUUUGUAUCUUUGGACCAGUGAAAAUAUUAUUUAUCACAAAAAUCACAUGCUAUUUAUGUACAGUCAAUAUUUUGUUGAGGUAUGUUUAAUUAGCCACAUAUGUAAAAAGUAUGAAUGCUGUAUAUUCAGUUCUUUGUAUAGUUCCAGGUUUCUUUAAAUUUCUUAUUUAUGGCCUAGAAUGAUUUCCCAAAUAUUAAAACAAUUUUUAAAAAAGAUAAAGUAAAUAUAUUGAAGAUACAAGUUUCCUAUAAUAUAUGAAAAACAAACUUUUACAAAAAAUGUAAAAUACCAGUAUAUCUUUACAAUGUUGUUUGUUAAAAAUUUAGCUUUUAUAAUAUAAUCUGAAUUUCUUAAGAUAGCUAUAGAAAACAUUUGCUUUAACUUCAUCUCACUAAUAAAAACUUGCAUUCCAAUGUUAUAUCUCUAGAACUUUGAU